UUGACAUCAAGUCCUUUCUACUAUGCUGCUUCAUACACAUGGGGAGUUCCUGGCAGCCUCCAAGAGAUAGAGCUCAAUGGCGUGGCCCAUUCCAUUCAAGCAAAUCUUUUCGACUUCUUACAACAGCUCCGUUUGGCGGAUGCAACUGUGACCCUCUGGGUUGAUGCUCUCUGCAUUAGUCAGAACGAUAAUUCGGAAAAGAGCAUCCAAGUCCCAUUGAUGGGUUUGAUCUACUCCAAUGCAAAGUCGGUAUUUGUCUGGCUUGGACCUCAAGCUGAUGGGAGCGAGGAAUAUUUUGAUUCUUUCAAUCAAGCCCCUUCAAAAUCACUCAAAAAGGUCGAUUCUGACGCCAGAAACCCUCGCUCAGCCGCCAUUGCAUUUCUCCAACGUCGCGAGUAUUGGACGCGAACAUGGAUCAUCCAAGAGCUUGUCCUUGCU